GAAAAUUCGUGCCCACGAAUAAUAAUGACUUUACAGUACCCCGAUUUAUCGAAUACCUUAGUUGCGAUAUAAAUUUACAACGGGGAAUCAUUAUUUGCUUAACCAUCGGAGAUUUAUAAGUGUCCAAGGAAAUUUAGUGUACUGGUGACCUUUGAUGCACUGGUGGUCUUCGAUUUUUUAUCCAGGAUAUUGAAAUAUUAGAUAACUGGUAAAUUAAUAUAGUUGCUUUGCCCAAAAGGCGAAAAAUGGCUAUUUCUCAUAUUCUAUGGCCAAUGGACAAUGGUUAAUUAUUCAAUUAAAGGUACGUUAAUCUUACUAGAUAAUCUUUAAGCCAACACCAAUAUAACAGAGAACAGAAAUGGAAACAAGAAAUAUGAAUUUAGAAACUGUACUUGAUGUUUUAGACCUAACCAACUAUUUUCCAGGAAAGAUUACGCAAGAUCUUUUGUAUCAAAUAACUGAAUUAGAUUUUACGAACGUUGAGAACAAACCUGAAAAAAUUGCAUGGCAGUUCAUUCGCAAAAUUGUUCAUCGUGAUUACAAUGCUAGAUUUGUUCGUUAUGACAAAAUUGUGGAAAAAUCAUCUGCUGGUUUUCGAGAAAAGCUAGAGCAACAAAGAGGGAAACUAGUAGAACAAAUUCAUCCCCUUGACAUUGUUGUAGCUGUGUUUAUAUGUUGUGAUCCAAUAGCUCGGCAAGAUAUUGUUUCACAUUUAUGGGAAUGCCGGUUAGCAAUACCUUUCAUUUUACCACCUUCUUGUGAUCAUGAGAACACAUUGUCAGCCUAUAUUUGGCCAUUGCGGAGCCUUGAAGGGCUGUUCCGACAAGAAGAUGGCGAGUUCAUUGAAACGUCUAUUAUAGAUCAACCAUUUAAUUGCAUUGGCUUCAUGAAAAUCGGGGAAAUUUCUGAGUGGUCCAAAUCAAAUCUUUUAAAUUGUUUGAUAUGGGGGUCCGAAAAAACACAUCCUUCUUUUUACCACCGAAAUUGUAAAGGCUCGAAAAAAAGCAAAUCGGAUAUAGUUGACGGACUAAUUGAAAUAUUCUGGUAUCUUCCCGGUGGUGAAGAAGCAGACGACACAGAACACUUUGUCAAUCCAACACUAAUUUUAAACUUGCGUGGUGAUGCAAUUCGUCACAAAGAACAAGUAGAACUUAUUGGAAAACAGUCGUCGCUUACACUUAUUUUGACAGAUUUGAAUCAUUUUGAUGAAUGUGUUCAAAUUGUUGAAGCGUUGUCAAGAGUUAAAUCAUCUGCCUUGAUAUUACUGGCAAACGAUGAGACUGAAGGCCUAGAGAACAUUAUUAAAGAGCCUUUAGCUAGAUUUAAAUAUGACACUGUUGAGGUAUUGGCUAUUAAAGGGAAAAUGUUACCAGACGUCUUAGAAAUGAUGCAUCAAAAUAUUCAUUCAAUAACAACUUCAAAACCUGAAAUGAAAAAAAAUACUCUUUCUAAUUACACUCAAUUAUUUGCAGACAACAAUUGUGAUGUUGAUGAAAAAAGUCAGACCUUUACAGAAGUAUUUGAAAUUGUAAAUGAUAUAUGUAAACAAACAGAAACCAUACAUGAGAGUGAUCGUAAAAGAAAUAUUUUUCCAUUGCAAGAGCUGUUUUGGAAAGAAUGGGCUGAAAAGGAUCGUGAUUUUUGGAGGUAUUAUCAAAUGGAUGUAAAAGAGAGAAAGCAAUUUGGAAAUCGAAAACUUAUCCAAGAAAAGUUAUUUGAAAUAAGAACCAAACAGUUUGAAUAUUUGAAAAACAACACGUUAGCCCUCCCAAUGAAAUUGUUCCUCCAAGCAUUAGUGAAAUUUUGUUCUCUUGAUUAUUCAAGUGUUAAUGAAUGUAAUCGAAUGAAACUCCGGGUAUUUUUAAGAUUCUUGAAAUUAUCUUUUAAUAAGGUAUCAAAACUCAGUGUUGCAAACUUAAACAAAGAAUAUUGUAAAACAUUUGCAAGAAUGUCUUCAACCAAUAAUGCAGAGCAAAAACAAAGUCUAAAAAUGUCAUUGAUAGAAAUAGAAAACAAAAAAUCAAAUGUUUUCUUUGGUUUAGAAAAUAUCUUGAGAGAAAUGGGACAAAUAUACGAGGCCUGUGAAUUUGUACAUACAUGUGACACUGACAUCCCAUUCCAAAGUGAUGACCUUGUCAGCAUUUCACAUACAGUACUCCCAAGAUAUGCAUGUGUUAUUCUUCAAGAGGGAUACUCGAUCGAAAUACUUGAUGGUGACGCAUGUUCUGUUCCACUGGUUUGGGUGAAGAAAAUAUUUAGUGAGUUUUCUCACAUAUCAGGUCAAGACAAACCGUCUAAAAUUCACAUUAUUUCUGUCCUUGGCAUCCAGAGCUCUGGUAAAUCGACAUUUCUGAAUACUGUCUUCGGCAUGCAGUUCCCAGUAAGUGCAGGGAGAUGCACUAGAGGGGCAUUCGUGCAAGUCGUAAAAGUACAUCCGUCUGCGCAUGGCAUUAUAAAAGAAGACCUAGAUUAUAUUUUUGUAGUAGACACAGAGGGUCUAAAGUCAGUAUUACUUUCUCCAACUGAAUCAAUAAAACAUGAUAAUGAACUGUCAACAUUUGCAAUAGGUUCAUCUCAAACGACAGUUAUAAAUCUAAUGAGUGAAAAUUCAACUUAUUUGAGUGAAAAUUUACCAAUUGUUGUACAUGCAUUUUUGAGAAUGUUUAUGGUAAAGCUGCAUCGACGAUGCGUUAUUGUACACCACAACAUGGAUAAGUCAAAUAAGAAUAAAUUGUUAGAACAAGAAAUGGUUUUACGAAAUAUUUUAGAUAAACUUACAAGAAGGGCCUGUGAAUUGGAGCAGUUGCCACGUUUGCAGUUUGAAGAUAUAAUCCAAUUUGAUAUUCAGAACCACACGACUUUUAUUCCUAGUCUACUGGAAGGUAAACUACCAAUGGCACCAAUAAGUGCCUCGUACAGUAGGGAAGCAUACAUUACAAAGAGGAAUAUUUUGAAUUUGAUACCAACUGAUAUAGACAAAGAUUGUAUUAAAUCUUCCGCUUCUUUUUCCGAAAGCUUGGGCAAACUUUGGACUGCGAUAAAAAAAGAUCGCUUUGUUUACGAGUAUCGCAACACAAGAGAAAUAUGCUUGAAGCUUGAAGUAGAUUUUGACUACAUGGAGAUUCUGCGCGAAGUAUUGCAUAUUAUUGUGGAAGAAACAAAUAUUUGUAUAUCAAAAGUACAAAAUGGGAGUUCCACGCAAGGAGAAAUUGUUGAAAGAUUCCGCGAAUUUAUCGUCAAACAAAGAGAAGUUUAUACAGAACAGUUGAGGGAAAUGUUUAUAAAACGUAAAAUGUCAAGUGAUUUUUUAACAAACUUAAACCAAAAAUACAUUGACAAUUUACAGAGAGAAUUCAACAAAAGUGAAAAAUCAUUUGAAAAUCAGAUCACUUUUUGUUUAAAGCAGCCAAAUAUUCAUAAAGUACUGCUUGGCAACUUGAGUUUGUUUAGAAAUUUAUUUAAACAAAAUGAUAAUAACUUUAAUGUGACAUGGGAUCUAUUUAUAGAAACAGUUCUUAAAAUACCUGACUAUCUUUAUGACGCCGUUACAGCUUUGCAAUCAAUAUAUCCCGAUCGUAGAAAUAAGAUUGAAAAGGAAAACAUUGAACGUAGUCCUCUUUUAAAGGAUUAUGUGGUUGAUUCUGAAAUUCACAUCAAUCAUACAUUUAUGCCUUUAGAACAAGCUGAAAUCAAUGCGCUCGUGAAGAAAAUGUAUGAGAUAAAGCAUGCAACUGUAGCAAAAUUCGAAUCAGAUUUACAUGAGCUUAUACAAGAUAUGCCAGUAUAUUCAGACUUGAUUACCAAACAGAUACUGUUAGGUAUAGAUACAAGUUUAAGACAAAAGCUGAAAAUUGAAGACAACAGUAUGCAUAUAAGUUUUCAGUAUAAGAUAGAUGUCCUUAUGUCCGUUGCAAAAACAUAUGUACGAAAGAUGACACAACUUUAUACCAAAGGAAGUGAUAUUAGAAAGGCAAAAUCCGAAGUGCAUUCUCUUAUGUUGAUUGAAUUCAAACGAGAAAAAGAGGCUACAGAAGUCUUAUUAGAGUUGUUAGGUAAGUCGAUAGUAUGUGAGUUGGAUACAAAGUUAGAAAUGACAGUGAAUGAUGCUAUGAUGAAAUCUUGCAUCAGACAGAAAAUUAGGACCAAAAUGUUUGCAAUUGGACAUUUUGUGAAACAUAUAAGUUUGAGUACAAAUGAAAAAUUAAUCAAACAGUAUCGGGAAAACCCAGUGUGUGCUUUUAAACAAUAUCUUUUCACUUUAUGCAAAGAUUAUGUUUCUAAGGAGUUUAUCCAAGACGACCUUCAGUUCUAUGUCCGUUUGAGAAUCAAAGAUGUAUGGAAUGCUAUUGAAAACGAAUGGGAAAAGGACAGAAAACUCAUAACUCAGACUGAAAAAGAAGGUAUUGACCAUGCAGGUAGGGUUACUUCCAUAGAUAACAAAACUGAAAAAUACACAGGUGUUACCUUGGAAAAACUCAUACAGAUUAUUGCUAAAGAAACGUGUCUAUCUUUUGAAUUUAAACAUGCUGCUGUUAACAGCUUAUUUCCAUUUAGAUCAAUGAAAAUCCAAUCGCUCCAAAUGUUUAAAGACAUCGUUUCGGAAAAGAUUGAAAACUUUAUAGGUCAACAAGUAGAAAUUCUCAGGAAAAGUAUUCAUGAUGAGUUAGAGAGUUUAUGUAAGUCAUGCUCUAAAAAGUUGUUUAAGCGACUUAUCGGUUGUACAAAAUGCUGCGCAAAAUGUAAUGAAAUUUGCAUACUGUCAGAAAAUCACGCCGAUGACCAUAUCUAUAUUUUUCAUAGACCAAUUGCAAAUGCAGAUGAUAUUGACCAUAUCAACAUAUCUUGUGUGUUGAAACGGUUAGCACACCAAUGUUUCAUGAAUGGUAAAAACGUUUUUGAGAUAUCUAUGCAACAAGGACACGAAGACUUUUGUAACAUUUCAGAGGAAGAAGUUAUAAAUGAAAUAAGAAAAGUGUUAAAGAUUGAAGAAUAUUAACUUUUCUGUCAGAACAUUUAAAUAUUUAAAAGGGUUAUAAUUUUGUAAAGCAAAUUGAAUAAUUGAUGUACUUGUCAAAGCAGUCAAUUAUUAGUUUCAAUAAUUAGUUUUAACGAUUGAUUGCAAAAAUGUUAUUGUCACAUAAAAAUAAUAUUGAUUAGUGAUCCAUUGGAUAUGAUUGGAUAUUCACCUGCAGAAUGACAUAUUGACCCAGUCUUUUUUGUUAUCAAAAUUGUUGACUCUUUUCGGAACAAUGCAUUACUUGAAUUUGAAUAUUUUGAACUAUAACAUGACUUGAUUAGUAAAUAUCUGUAAAACACAUGUAUUUACAUUUUUUUUUCAGAACGGUUUAAGUAUGAUAUGAAUUAUAUAUUCAUAUAUUUAGAACUGAUUUCAAAAAAAAUAUCAAUUAUUGUAGAUAAUGAUAUCAAAAUAUAGUUGUUUUAAAUAUCAUUUUUGUUUUCUUGAUUUUUGUUUCAAAGGAUUAAUGUUAUUCCAUUAAAUUAUUCAUUUAGAAUGACAUCGUAUAUUUUGAUUUACAUUCUGUACCAUCUAAUGUUAAGAAAUAAAAACC